AUGCCCUUACCCGCGGAUAUGGAGAUGUUUCAGGAUCCUCCACUACGAGUCCUGAACUGGACAACAUCUACGCGAGACACCGCAUUGUACGGUAUACACCAUCCAGCUUUCCGACAUCUUACCUUUUUGAGACUCGGCUUACGUUAUCCCUUACCAUCUUCGAAUGGACCCGUCUACUUACCAGACAUACGCUGCCUUUUCCUCGACUUACUCGUAUCAGCGCCAGUCAAGGGGGGCGACUCUCUUUCUACCUGGAGAUUCCCAAAGCUCGCCAUUCUUGAGAUUACUGCGACCUCGAGGUAUCAAGGGGACCAGCAGGGCUUUGCCCUCGAAGACGCUGCCGCCUUUAUCGACGCGCAUGCAGCUACAUUGGAGGAGAUAUCAGUCAGAGGACCAGAGAGGAUCUCGAUGGGAGAGAGGUGGAGGACGCUGCCCAGGUUGGCCGAAUAUCACUUUCAUAGCAUCGAGGAUUUGGCGGCAGAAUUACCCGACUUGGAGAGCCGUUGGGCGAAGGGACAUAAUAGUCUUUCUAUUCUCCCCCGCAUCCGUGUGGUAUUCGACGAUAUUUUCAUAGCAAAGGGCAGUAUCACCACCAUAGCUGCCUCCUUUCGCCAAUACCCUACGACCGUCGCUCGGCUCGAUGGCUCAAUUGCGACGACGUGGAAGGACCUCGAGAUCCGGAUCGGUGAAUCACUCCUCUCGAGUCGCGGCACCUUCUUUGGCCUGAUGCAGCAGACCCACUUGGCGGUCUCUGACAUAGAAGGCUAUUCAUUCCACUGCAUUUCAUAG